AUGGUCAGCAUCCCUGCCAUCAUUGUCAGCAUCCCUGCCAUCAUUGUCAGCAUCCCUGCCAUCAUUGUCAGCAUCCCUGCCAUCAUUGUCAGCAUCCCUGCCAUCAUUGUCAGCAUCCCUGCCAUCAUUGUCAGCAUCCCUGCCAUCAUUGUCAGCAUCCCUGCCAUCAUUGUCAGCAUCCCUGUCAUCAUUGUCAGCAUCCCUGUCAUCAUUUUCACGCUCAUCCUGCUCUUCCUCCUCUGCCUCCUUCUCUCUCCCCUCCACCUCCCCCCCUUCCUCACCUGCCUCUUCCUCCUUUUCCUCCUCAUUUUCCACCGCUUCCUCCUCUCCCUCCUCUGCCUCCACUCCCUCCUCUUCCCCGUCCUCAUCCAACCAAUCACCAUCACCAGCAGCAUCACCAUCGCCAUCACCAUCAUCAGCACAACCACCAUCGCCAUCGCCAUCACCAUCACCACCAUUGUCAUUACCAUCAUCAUCGGACCAAUCAGCAAUGGUUUUGAUCCUCCUCCUCCUCACCACAGCAGUGUAGUCACAUCCAACCCUCUCAAACCCCCAAAUGUCCCAAUUUCACUGACGCUCCUCCACGCCCUCUCUCCCACACUCCCCAUACCCACACUCGCUCCCUCUCUCCCCCUCACUCCGCCACCAAUCCCCGCAACCCUUCUCUCUCCAACACACUCUCCUCCUUCUCCUCUGAAACCUCCCCCGCUUACCCCCUUUCCCUCACUUGUCCCCCCUUUUCCUCCCCUUCCCGCUGUGCCACCCUCUCCACCUCCCCCCCCUCCACCUAUGCCUGCCACUGGAUGUGCUUGUCUUUUCUGCUGCCAGCUGGACCAGAUCGGCUGUUGCACAGAAAACGACAAACGAGGCUUCUGCGGAACGCUAUGCUUUCCCUUGAACAGCCUCUUUCUCGUUGGGUCCUGA